GAGAGGCUGUUCUCUCUCUCUCUCUCUCUCUCUCUCUCUCUCUCUAUCUCUUUCUUUUUCUCAGGAACCUCUUCAAUGGCGGUUAUGAAACCCUAACCGGAUACAAUUUCAUCGCAAACAUCCUCGUAUCGUAUCCCUUACUCUCUCUAUACCAAGGCAAAGAGUUUCCAAAAUCUGUUCGAUUAUCCGGGAAAAGCAAUCUCUACAAUUUUCCACUAGAUGUAAAUGGUCGUGGCGUUUUUGUCAUUUUGUCGCAAUGAUUUUUAAGGAUCCGCAGGAAAAGAAAACCUAGAAUUUUGCGGCACUUUGGAAUGAAGCAUCGGAUUGCUUUCUCUAGGCUUUUCAUCGACGGGAUAUAUUUUUCGAAACCCUAGUGGGGGAUAGUUUUGAAGUGGGUUUUUGGGUUUAGGACCCGAUUCGAUUCCGCUUAAAUGGAGGCGCCGGUAGUUAGAUCGAGAGGCCGGCCGAGGAAACGGAGGAUUAACGAGGAUGCAAAUGGUGCCGAUGGUGGAAAAGCAGGACCCGAAGCCAAGAAACGGGUUGUGGAAAUGGUACCCAUUUCUUUGUUGAAUCGAUUCGUGCUGAAAGAGUUCAAAAGCAAUGGAAUUUUUAUCGGGAAAGUUGUAUACUAUGCCGAUGGAUUCUAUAGAGUUGUUUACGAGGAUGGUGAUUAUGAAGAUUUAGAUAGCCGUGAGGUUAAGGGGAUACUUUUGGGAGAGAAUUACUUCGACGAUGAUCUGAGGAGUAGAAGCAAGAAAUUAGAGGAUUUAGUGAUGAGAAUUAGUGUAAAUGGAUCGCAAAAUAAGGUUUUGGAAUCAACUAAGGAGGUUAAUGGGGUUGAAUCUUCAACAUUGAGUGAGUUGAGUGGUGGACCAACAGUUGAAAAUGAUGAGGCACAUGGUGAAUAUGAUGAUGACGAUGAUGCUGAUUCAUCUGGUGACUCUUGCGAGUAUGCAAGAGAUGAGGACUUGGGUUUUGAAGCUGAGGCGCCAUCGAUCCCUCCACCGCCGCAAUUGCCACCAUCUUCGGGAACCAUAGGUGUCCCUGAAGAGUAUGUUUCACAUUUGUUCUCUGUUUAUGGUUUCUUGCGUUCAUUUAGCAUCUGCUUGUUCUUAAGUCCGUUUACUUUGGAUGAUUUCGUGGGCUCACUUAAUUGUCGUGCACCGAACACAUUAUUGGAUGCCAUUCAUGUUGCUUUACUGCGUUCCUUGAGGCGGCAUCUUGAAACACUCUCUUCAGAUGGCUUCGAACUUGCUUCAAAUUGUUUGAGGUGCACCGAUUGGAGCUUGCUUGAUACAUUGACUUGGCCUGUUUACUUGAUCCAGUAUCUAACAGUUAUGGGAUACACGAAGGGACCUCAGUGGAAAGGAUUUUAUGAUGAGGUUUUGGACAAGGAAUAUUAUCUUUUAUCCACUGCUAGGAAGUUAAUAAUUUUGCAACUCCUUUGUGAUGAUGUCUUAGACUCUGCAGAGCUAAGAGCUGAAAUUGACAUGCGGGAAGAAUCAGAAGUUGGAAUAGAUUAUGAUGCAGAGGCAUCUAAUGCCUCUGAAAAUGGGCCAAGAAGGGUUCAUCCCCGAUAUUCAAAAACUUCUGCUUGCAAGGACAGAGAAGCUUUGGAAAUUAUUGCAGAUAAACACGAGAGAAAAUCAACUAAAGGGGACAUAGAUUCUACUAAUAUGGAUGUUGAUCGAAAUAGUGAUGAAUGCCGGCUUUGUGCCAUGGAUGGGACCUUGCUUUGCUGUGAUGGGUGCCCAUCAGCAUAUCAUACAAGGUGUAUAGGUGUGAUGAAAAUGUCUAUACCAGAAGGGUCAUGGUAUUGUCCAGAGUGCACAAUUAAUAAGAUAGGGCCAACUAUUACAAUUGGAACAUCACUUAAGGGAGCAGAGAUAUUCAGUAUUGACUCAUAUGGUCAAAUCUUUGUGGGUACUUGUGACCACUUACUGGUGCUUAAGGGUUCUACCAUUGCAGAACCAUGUCUUAGAUAUUAUAAUCAGAACGACAUUCCAAAAGUUCUGCAAGUGCUUUGUUCCACUUCACAACAUGCAGAUUUAUAUUUCGAGGUGUGCCAGGCAAUUUUGCGACAUUGGGAUAUUCCUGGAAGUGUCUUAUCUCUUCCAGAUAUGACUGAAAGUGAUAAAAAGUCGGCAGUAAUAAAGGAAGAUGCAAACUUUCCUGCCCUUUCACUUCCUUCUCUCAAUCCUGGUUCUCCGAGCAAUGGUGACACAAAACAACAGCAGUGCAUGCUAAAUAUGAAGCUACCUGAGGGGAACAUGUCAACAAGUUCAGCUAGUCAGCAGGCUGAUCGGGCUGCCUCUUCCCACCGAAGUUACGUGAACAUGUCAAGUGCAGUAGGCAUUACAGCAUACACCUCAAAUGGUAAUAAUAGUUGUAUUGGGCAUGCUAAUGUUAAGCGUUAUCCAGUGACUCUAUCUUCUCUUGGCAAGGAAGCCAAUCAUGUAACUUCUGGAAAGGGUGACAGCACUUCACUUGGUGAUUUUGUUUACAUGGGAUCUCUCUAUAAACCCCAGGCGUACCUAAAUCACUAUAUGCAUGGAGACUUCGCUGCAUCUGCUGCUGCCAAAUUGGCUGUUCUUUUAUCAGAGGAAACUCGGCCUUCAGAGGCUCAUGCUUCAGACAAUCACAGAAAAGUUACAUCCACAAACAAUUUGCAAGCAAAAGCAUUCUCAUUAACAGCCUCACGUUUCUUCUGGCCAAGUUCUGAAAAGAAGCUUAUUGAGGUUCCAAGGGAGAGAUGCGGUUGGUGUCUUUCUUGUAAGGCUGCUGUUUCAAGUAAGAGAGGAUGCAUGUUAAAUCAUGCUGCCUUGAGUGCCACUAAAGGUGCUAUGAGGAUCCUUGCCAACCUUCGUCCCAUAAAGAGUGGAGAGGGGAGCGUUGCAAGCAUUGCAAUGUAUAUUUUAUACAUGGAAGAGAGCUUAUGUGGUUUAGUGAUUGGUCCCUUUCUGAGUGCAAAUUAUAGGAAAGAGUGGCGCAAACGAGUUGAACAGGCAUCAACCAUCAGUGAUGUGAAAGCUCUCCUUCUUGAACUUGAGGAAAACAUCCGGACCAUAGCUGUUUCUGGGGACUGGACCAAGCUUGUUGAUGAUUGGUUGGUUGAAUCUUCUGUAAUGCAAAGUGCUACAUGCGCAGUUGGGACAACACAAAAACGUGCUCCGAAUGGGAGGCGAAAUAGGAAGCAGUCUGCCAUCUGUGAAGUGACAGCUGAUGGUCGUGCUGACAAAAGUUUUGUCUGGUGGCAAGGGGGGAAGCAAACAAAGCUUAUAUUCCAGAAAGCAAUUUUGCCCCACAUAAUGGUUAAAAGAGCAGCUCGCCAAGGAGGUUGGAGGAAAAUUGCUGGUUUAUAUUACACUGAUGGUUCUGAGAUUCCUAAAAGAAGUAGACAAUUAGUAUGGAGGGCUGCAGUUGAGAUGAGUAAGAAUGCCUCACAGCUUUCACUUCAGGUCAGAUACCUGGACUUUCAUGUAAGAUGGGGAGAUCUUGUUCGUCCUGAGCAGAACCUAUCAGAUGCAAAAAGUCUAGAGACAGAGGCUUCUGCUUUCAGAAAUGCAAGUAUUUGCUACAAAAAAAUUGUGGAAAACAAGAUUAUAUAUGGAAUUGCUUUUGGGAGCCAAAAGCAUCUUCCUUCCCGUGUCAUGAAGAAUAUCAUUGAAAUAGAACAAGAUCAGGAUGGAAAGGACAAAUUCUGGUUUCCUGAAACUCGUAUUCCUUUAUACUUGAUCAAAGAGUAUGAAGGAGGUUUAAGUAAAGCAGUUUUUCCAUCCAUGAAUGAGCCUUCUAAUUUAUUUCUCAAGUUGCAAAAAAAGCGGUUGAAGGGUCGCCACAAAGACACAUUUUUCUACCUUCAAUGCAAGAGAGAUAAUAUGGACAUGCAUUCCUGUUGCUCAUGUCAGAUGGUUGUUAUACAUCGGCAUGCUGUUACAUGUUAUGCUUGUCAAGGUUUUAGCCAUAGGGACUGUGCCAUAAGUUCGGCUAUUUCUACCAAUGAGGAAGUUGAAUUCGUGAUCUUGUGCAAGCGGUGUUACAACGCCAAAGCUCUUGCUCAGAAUGAAAUUCGCAAUGAAUCUCCUACUACUCCCUUGAACUUACCAAUGCAAGAAUAUAGGAACUUAGUGACAGUCACUAAGGGUUCAAUUUCCAAUCACAGAGCUCAGGAUACUCAUGAGACAAAGCAAAUUACUUCUGAUCCUAGUUUAUCAACAAAAAGCCGUCGCAGGACAUGUUCUUGGGGUAUUAUAUGGAAAAAGAAGAACAGUAAAGAUACAGGCACUAAUUUCAGGCAAAAUAAUAUUCUUUUAAGUGGCGGUGCAAAUGUACAUAGGUUGGAGCCUGUUUGCCACUUAUGCCGUAAACCAUAUAGAUCAGAUUUGAUGUAUGUUUGCUGUGAAACUUGCAAAAAUUGGUAUCAUGCUGAAGCUGUCGAACUUGCGGAAUCACAAAUUUUUGAUGUGGUAGGCUUCAAGUGUUGCAGGUGUCGGAGGAUAAGAUCACCUGUGUGCCCCUACAAGGCAACAGAAGACAAGAAAUCCUGCAUUACACUUUUGAAGCAAGAAAGUUAUGUAGCUGACUCUGAUUUUGGAACCAUAUUUGAUUCUAAAAAAUGUGAGCUUAUUACUCCAAUAGUUCCCAUGGAGGAUGUGUCCAAACAGAAUGGUGAUCCUCUUCUUUUUCCUCUUUCAAGAGUUGAGUUGGUUACGGAGCCUAAUUCAGAAGUAGAUAUUGAAUUGGAUACUGCCGAUCCAGCGCCACGGAAAUUACCAAUAAGAAGGCAUAUGAAGCGUGAAGAGGAUUUUGAUACUUUUUCAGGGAGUAAUGUUUCUAGUGCUGAUUUAUCUGCUAAUAAUGAUUCAGAAAACCCGUUGAAACCUGCGGAGGAUGUGUUAACGGCUAACUUGCAAUGGGAUGCUUCUGUUGAUGGACUUGAAAGUGGGGUAAUGCUUGACGAUGAAAAUUUGGAAUAUGAAAAUGAUGAGUUUGAACCACAAACUUUAUUCACUUUCUCAGAGUUGCUAGGUGUUGAUGCAUCAGAGGAUGGAUUCUUUGAACAAUAUAAUAUAGGUACUUGUAAUGUGCAAUCAGAGCCCAUAAUGUCUGAAGAAACUGCCGUUGAUAUGGCAAAAUGUCAGAUGUGUGCACUUGAAAAACCAGCCCCUGAUCUUUUUUGUGAGAACUGUGGGCUAUGGACACAUAGUCAAUGUUUACCUCCAAUCGAGCAGUCAUCAUGGGAUGGCAGCUGGAAGUGCAACAACUGUCGAGAAUGGCGUUAGCUGAUUUAGCUGCCUUCUUAAGGCUUUGGGUUUCUAUCCAUUAACAUUUAUGCAGAGAGCUGUCUUGGGUGUUGUGAAGGGCAAUAGCUGAUUUUGGUAGCCUCAUAAGGUUUGGGGUGUCUUAUCUGUCAGCAACUUUCCAGUUGGUUAUGUUGGGUGGAAAGUUGCUCCUCAGCCUUAAUAAGUUGUGCUGUACCAGAGGAAAUAUCGGAUGCAUCAAAUGCGCACUUCGUCACUGUUUAACUUGGAGAUAUUUUGCAAGGUGCAAACGCAUGGAGGCGGUGUAUUAGAAGCCUAGCAUUUCCUGCAGUUUUGAAAUGGUUUCUCAACUGGCAUUGCUAUUGUUGAUGGAUGGUUCCUUGAUCCUGGCAAGUUCUCAUUUUCUGGUAUAUUUAGUAUUUUGUUUGGAAAGCUUAGGAACCUAGCUUUCCACUCAUAGAGAUGGUACGUUGCUCAUGCUAUAGUUUUUGAAAUUACACCCCACAUAAAAAAAGAAAAAAAAGAAAAAAAGAAAUAAGAAAAAAAAAAAAGAAGAGAGUAAAAAAAGAAAGGUUAAUUCGUCCCUGUUCGUUUAAGGGACCAUUAUUGUUAAACAAGCUACAAACAUUUUUGCAUCAACUUGGAAGAUAAGCAGGUAUUUUUUGGUGCUUGUCUGACUACAUUGCUUGUAUAAAUGAAAAUUCUACCACAAUUUUUUCA